GGGCGGAGACAAGGCCCAGCGCUGCUGAUAGACAAUAUCGAGCCUUUGGAUUCGUGAAAACGAACAGAAUCGUGAAGAAAACUGCGAAAAACUAGUCAAUAACGACGCAGAGCGGCAGCUUUAGCUGACUUGCAGUCAUGGACCGGACUUCACCCCCCGACCCGAACCCAGAGGUCACGGCAGAGCCCGAACCUGCAUCAGACGCGACUCUACAAACAGACGUUGCUCAGGAGUCGCCUGUACAACCAAACCUGGAUUCAAAUCUACUGCCAUGCGAGGAACUGCUUGCAGGUCUAGACCAGGAACCAUCUGCAGAACUAGGAGCUCCAGAACUAACCCCAGAGCCGCUGUUCCCAGAACUAAAACUUGAGCCAUCGUUUCCCGAACUUAAACCAGAGCCACCGUUCCCAGAGUCCGUCCCAGCGCCUCCACCAUCAGCAAACUCCUUCUGCAAGAUCAUGACCUUCAGACCCACCAUGGAGGAGUUCCAGGACUUUGGAAAGUACAUUGCAUAUAUAGAGACCCAGGGAGCUCAUCGCGCUGGUCUGGCGAAGGUUAUUCCACCGAAAGAGUGGAAGCCGCGGCGGACCUAUGAAACGAUCGAGGAGAUGGUUAUCCCCGCCCCCAUUAUGCAGGUGGUGACCGGCCAAUCAGGACUCUUCACCCAAUACAACAUCCAGAAGAAGUCCAUGACGGUCGGAGAAUAUCGCAAGCUGGCCAACAGUAAAAAGUACUGCACCCCUCAACACAAGGACUUUGACGACUUGGAAAGGAAAUACUGGAAAAAUCUGACGUUUGUGUCGCCCAUUUACGGUGCCGAUAUCAGCGGGUCCCUCUACGAUCCGGACAUUACGGAGUGGAACAUCGGCCAUCUGAACACUCUUCUGGAUAUGGUGGAACAGGAGUGUGGAAUCGUCAUCGAGGGUGUGAACACUCCUUACCUGUAUUUUGGCAUGUGGAAAACCACUUUCGCCUGGCACACGGAGGACAUGGACCUCUACAGCAUCAACUACCUGCACUUCGGGCAACCCAAGUCCUGGUAUGCGAUUCCUCCCGAGCAUGGCAAGAGGUUGGAGAGACUGGCGCAAGGGUUUUUCCCAGGAAGUUCUCAGGGAUGUGAUGCGUUUCUCCGUCACAAGAUGACACUCCUCUCUCCAUCCAUCCUGAAGAAGUACAGCAUCCCCUUCGACAGAAUCACCCAGGAGGAGGGCGAGUUUAUGAUCACGUUCCCGUAUGGCUAUCAUGCCGGAUUCAACCACGGAUUCAACUGCGCCGAGUCCACGAACUUCGCAACCCUGCGCUGGAUCGACUAUGGCAAGAUGGCCACCCAGUGCUCGUGUCGUAAGGACAUGGUGAAGAUCUCCAUGGACGUGUUUGUGCGCUGCCUGCAGCCGGACCGUUAUGAGCAGUGGAAACAGGGCAAAGACACCACCGCUCUGGACCACCUGAAACCCACGGUCCUCACCAGCCCCGAGCUCGAACACUGGAGGAAAAACAGAGUCACCUUCAGAGAGAAACUCCUGCGCAGAACUCAGGCGAAGGUGAAACAGUUCCGCCGUCUGAAGCCGGAGGAACUGAAGGUUCUGGAGGAGGAGGGAAUCGAGCUGGACAUGACCGAGUACCUGCAUAAGGUGGAGGAGCGAGAGGAGCAGAGGAGGAAACAGCGAGACGAGCGCAUGGCGAGGGAGGCACUCCUCACGCUAGAGGCGCUGGAGAGGGAAGAGCAGGAACAGGCCGAGGCGGCGCUCCGCGGAGCAGGUGAAGAUGGCAAAACAGAUUCCCAGGAUUCACCAGUAAACGGCGAGCAGAAAAAGCGAAAGAAAAAGAAGCCGAAGAUCCCAGAGGACAUGACCUUCCAGCAGGCGUUCGAACAGUUUGCCACAACGAGCAAUCUUCAGAGCCAGAAUAAUGUUGCGGCCGGUCUACAGGCGAAUCCCUUCACAAAGCUGAAGAAGAAGGUGGAGGUGAAGAAGAGCAGAAGACAUCCAUUCAGCAAGCCGCCCAUGCGCUCGCCUCUCUCUAUAGUCAAACAGGAAGCCUCCAGCGAUGAGGAGCUGUACUCUGGGCUGCCAGUUGGUGGCGGUGUGGAACAGGUGGCCAAGAAGACAGAGGAGAGUGAUCUGUGGCAGAACCGCUCACCAAACUUCCUCUCUGAGAAACAGUUCAACACUGCCAUGGCAACCAUUGAGCCCUACUGCGCUGUGUGCAUGCUGUUCUGUCCGUACAAACAGGCUCUUAAGGACCCCUCCAAUGUUUUGGACGCACCCGGGUCGGUCUCUCAGUUUGGGACUCGCACCCGUCCUUUGAUCCCGGAGAUGUGCUUCAGUGCCGGUGCUGAGAACACAGAACCCCUGCCGUCUAAUUCACACAUUGGUGAUGACGGUACCAGCGUUCUUCUGUCCUGCAGUAGCUGCAGUCUGCAAGUCCAUGCAAGUUGUUAUGGCGUUAAUCCCGACACAAAUCCAGAAGGCUGGACGUGUUCUCGUUGUACUGCAGUGGCGUGGACAGCUGCGUGCUGUUUGUGUAGUUUAAGAGGAGGAGCUUUGAAGAAAACUACAGAUGACAGGUGGGUUCAUGUGAUUUGCGCUGUCGCCGUGGCCGAGGUUCGUUUCGUCAACGCUGUGGAACGCGAGCCUGUGGACGUGACUGCCGUCCCCGACAACAGAAAGAGUCUGAAGUGUGUCUACUGCCACAAGACGACCAAACAGAUCCUCGGCGCGUGUAUCCAGUGCUCUUAUGACGACUGUUCCACGUCUUUUCACACCACCUGCGCCCUCCUCGCUGGGGUGGUCAUGAAGCCCGCUGAUUUACCGUACGUGGUGUCCGUCACCUGCCAUAAACACAAACAGACCAAUCAGAGGAUGAAAUACGGGUCUCGCGAUCUGUCUCUGGGUCAAAAGGUCAUCGGCAGGAACAGCAAUGGUUGGUUCUAUCGCUGCAUCAUCACUGGUAUUGGCUCGCAGAGUUUCUAUGAGGUCAACUUCGACGACGGAUCGUACUGUGAUAACGUCUUCCCUGAGAACUUACUGAGUCACGAUUGUCUGCGCAACGGCACUCCAGAGCUCGGAGAGCUGGUGGUUGUGAAGACGAUAGAUGGACGUGUCCUCAAUGCGUCUUUUGUCAAAGAACACGUCCAGAGACUCUACCAGGUGGAGUUUCAGGAUGAGACGCAGCUCUUGCUGAAGCGAAGUGAAAUCCACGCUCUGGAUCAAGAGCUUCCCAAGAGGGUCUUGUCUCGUCUGGUAACUGUGAACCAGCAACCACCUCAGAUCCAGACAUCAGACGAACCCCUGGCUGCAAAACGCCCACGCUUGCCAACCCCGCCACCAACACUAGCCAUUGAGCCUUCGGAGCUACCUCCAGAAUUAGUCACUGCUUUCCUGCCCAAUAGUAUUACUCCAAACACCAGCACUGCCCCCAGCCUGCCCCCCUCUACCCAGCCUACCCCAAUGCCCACCUUAACUGCCCCAGUGCCCAACCAGCCCGCCCCAGCCCCUCAGCCUCUACCCAGUGAAAGCUACAGCCACAGCUCCAGCUACGUAGCCUACAUGGAGUCCCUCCUUAACUCUGACUUUCCGCCCGAGGAAGGCGAACAAGGCACGGAGCCGAUGUAUUAAAGCUUCGUCCUGCACUACAGGCGAUUCGUCAAUGCUUACAGACUCUAACUUAUCCACUGCAUGUCUCUCUUGUUUCAUUUAUUCGCUGUUGUGCUAUUCUGAGUCUCACUCCUAAGAACCGGCGCGUGCGAGACGCAUGUCAUUUUAGACUACAACUGAAAAGGACCCAGUACAUAGCCUUGGGGGACACCACCCUCUUCCGACCCUUUCAACGAUCCCACGCUUUGUCUCUCUUUCUCGGACAGAGCCACCAUAUGUUUUUUGGAUGGAUAAUAAUUCACUGGAUGUGCCGUUUACUUUAUACAUGAUUUUCUCUAACAAGUACUAAAUAUUUUUCUAAUUCAAGUCAAAAUGUCAUUCUAACCUGUCACGGAUCAACAGUCUUUAUCUGUACAGUUUCAGGUAUUUUUCUCUGUACUCAAGGGUUGUUGGGUCAAAAGAAGGCUUUUAGCUGGGGAAAUGGGAUUUAACGAGUAUUUAAAUGUCUUUUGUCACAUCUAAAUUUAAUAUUUGUAUAAAGAUAUUGCAAUUAUGGCAGCAUCCGAAGCUACGAUUUUCUGUUAGUGUACACAUCUGUGUUACGAUAGAUUCUCAUGUCUUUACGUAUCGAAUAUAAUCAACGAUAAAAUGUUUUUCAGCACCAGAUGCUGCAUUUGUUUUUGUAGCAUACUCUGUAAACGUAGACGAUGAUAUUGAAAUCUAUUCACAUUGUCUGUGUUUAUUAUAAUUACUGUUGUUGCUGUUAUUAUUUCUAUCGAUUUUUAUUUUGGUGAAUCUUUGCAACAUUAUGUAGAAAGAUGGGGGAAAGUUGAAUUUAUAAUUUUUAUCCAAGAGAUUUGAAGGUGCAUAAUUGGAACGUAUAGUCAUAUAGUUAAUAUUAAACAGAUACGCAAACCGCCUUCUCACGGUGCUAUAGAAGUCUUGGACUACUGAGGGGCGCGAUGGGUCACAUGACCCAUGAUGUGUACAUACUACAUACUAGAUGUCCUAAUUAAGAAUCAGCUCCUGUUGGUCCUCAGCGUAACUUACAGAGUACUGUCAGGUCUUUUCAAAUGCCAUGUCACAUUGAAAUAAACGUCAACGGAUUUCGGAUUUAGUUUCCAUUGGCCUACAUUUGUUUUGGCGAGGGGGGGGGGUCUUAUCAGUCUAUCUCAUGAAUAUUAAUUAGGUUCGGCGAGUAGUUCUAUCUGAUUUGCCGCAAGGCAGAAAAGUGGGUGUUAACCAUCCUCUUGCGCGUUUCGUCAGUUCACAGUCAAAGCAAUCAACUUGGUUGAGUCGUUGUUUUCUGCAGUCAACUACAUUUUUUUCUUGUCAGCCAACAAAAUAUGCUAAUUUUCCAAAUGUUGACAUUUCUAAAGGUUUAAUCAUUGCUACACCUCUGGCAAUCACGUACAAAUUGAUCCUAGCUUAGCCCCAACCGUUGACGACAUCUAACGUCGUUUCAAGACUGGACGCAGUGUGUCGAUGGUAUUUGUACUCUUCUGUUCCUGAGGAUUCUGGUUUGUGUUGAGUAAUGUCGCAAAGGGGCGAGUUCAACGAUAUAGCCAACAGAAGUUUGCAUACUCAUGAUGGCAAAUGUUUAUCUGUGCAGAAGUACUAGGAAAGAUUCUAAUAAAAUGUGAAGUGACAUUGUGCUUCGUGUUUGUGUGUUUCGUCAUUUCUGUUUCAGCAGCAAACCGAUG